UCUUGCUCUGGGCCCGCUGCAAGGACGUAGAGGAAGGUGCGGCUGUGUAGACUUUCCUGUGAGCGGGGCCUUAGCUGAGGACGGCGUACGCAGCGGGGUGAGGAGCCGCCCUGGGACAGCCGGUCGCCUGCCCACUUGAAGGCUGCACUUCUUUGGAAUGAAGGAUGGCAGCACGCCGUGCAUUAAAAGCUGUUUUGGUAGAUCUCAAUGGCACACUUCACAUUGAAGAUGCAGCUGUGCCAGGCGCACAGGAAGCUCUUAAAAGAUUACGUGGUGCUUCUUUAAUGGUUAGGUUUGUUACCAAUACAACCAAAGAGAGCAAGCAGGAUCUGUUGGAAAGGUUGAAAAAGUUGGAGUUUGAUAUCUCUGAAGAUGAAAUAUUCACUUCUUUGACCGCAGCCAGAAACUUAGUAGAGCAGAAACAAGUCCGGCCCAUGCUGCUAGUUGAUGAUCGGGCACUGCCUGACUUCAAAGGGCUGCAAACAAAUGAUCCUAAUGCUGUGAUCAUAGGAUUGGCACCAGAACAUUUUCAUUAUCAAAUUCUGAAUCAGGCAUUCCGGUUACUCCUGGACGGGGCGCCUCUGAUAGCAAUCCACAAAGCCAGGUAUUACAAGAGAAAAGAUGGCUUAGCCCUGGGGCCUGGACCCUUUGUGGCUGCUUUAGAGUAUGCCACUGACACCAAAGCCACAGUAGUGGGGAAGCCGGAAAAAACCUUCUUUUUAGAAGCGUUGCGAGGCACUGGCUACGAGCCGGAGGAGGCCAUCAUGAUAGGAGACGACUGCAGGGAUGAUGUUGGUGGGGCUCAGGAUAUUGGCAUGUUGGGCAUCUUGGUAAAAACUGGGAAAUACCGAGCAGCAGAUGAAGAAAAAAUUAAUCCACCUCCUUAUUUAACUUGUGAGAGUUUCACUCAUGCUGUGGAACACAUUCUGCAACACCUACUGUGACCCGCUGCAUGACUCGGAAGCAGCUUGAAACGCAGCUUCUCGUGGCCUGGAAUGAAUCCCCCACCACCUCAGCACCACGUGGACAGACAAACCACUCAGCUCUGAUCACGGUUGAAUCCGUUGCAUUAAUUAGGAAGAAGGGUAUUGAAUUGCAGCCACUAAGCUUUGCUAAUCCCUUUUGUUUUAUUUUUUUAAAAGAAGAUGAGACCCAAAGAAAGGGAAAACUGAGAUUUUUAUGCCAUUCCUUUUAAAAUAUUCAUUAGGACAGGCAGGGCUGGGAGGCAGAGACUGCUGUGGGGAGUCAUGUUCUCUGCUAGCUCCUCACUAAUAAGGUGGGGGGACUCAGGUGAAUGGUGUUUUUCAAAUUAUAAAGCAGUGCAUUGAAAGGUACAUUAGGCUGUAGUUUUAAUACUGAGUUCAACUGUGAAAUCCAUCAGAAAUGCCAAGUGGAAUCCAAGACAGAAGCAGCAAAGUAAAUUGUCCUGUAGCCCAAGUGAUUGAGUGAAUUUGCUUUAACUGGUGUUGAAACUAGAUUAUCUACUGUGUUAUUCCCAGCACGAGUGACUUCUUUUUCUCUUCAUUAGCUAGAGAUGACUAAUUUAAAUUUAGAACCUGAUUUUAAUUUAAAAUAAUAUUUCCAUUAAUAACCUAUUCAUUGUAGAUACCUAUUAUACUGUGUAACAGUUGUUUUGGAAAUUUUAUGUAAAAUUAAAACUAUCAGUAUUUUACAGAUGUUUUAAUUAGACAUUGUUAUUAACAGGAACAGUGCAGAAACUAAAAUCAAGCCUUUAAUGUCUUAUAGACCAUGCAUUUUUGAAGUUAGUGUCCACUGGGGUCCUAUUAACUGUACAUUUGCAAGAUUUCAUUAUUUUUGCCUCUGACACUUUGGGAAAAAUCUUUUAGAAGCUAUUGGGACAGAUUCAAGCUUUUAUGUACUUGGUUACUACAGCUGUAAAAUGAAAUCUCGUCUUGUAGCAUGGAUUAUUCUUCUCGUGUAAACCCACCAAAAUGAAGGGAACUAAGUAGGUAAUGAUUUUCCUAGUGCAUUUGCAUACUGUGAUCAUCCUAGGCCUUUGCAAUUGUUUUACAGGGCUCUUGGGCAUUGAAUUAUUAGCAUGUAAUUGUACAUCAUUGUAGUGUUCACCUUAUUGAAGCGCACACUGAUGUUAAUGAGCUUCGGGUUUUGAUGCUUGUUUAGAGAUCAACUUGGUCUUGGAUGGGAGGGAGCAAAACUAAAUAAAUGGCAGCUCCUUCUCCUCUUG